GCAUGUAGUGCUUUCACUGCAUAUAGAAGAUUUGACACAAGAAAAGUUUUCAUUGCAACGAUCUCUUGAGGCUUCACGAGCUUUAGCAGAAUCCUUGGCUGCUGAAAAUUCAUCGCUGACUGAUACUUAUAAUCAACAGGUUGGCUUUUAAACUAUGAUACUAAUGGCUAUGUUGUUCACAGUUUGUCUUCCAGUGUGUUUUUAAGGCGGUGCGAUUACUGUGGGUUAUUUUAUUAUGCAUUUCUAUAAUACUUUGCCAGUUUCGUUCAUGUUGCUGGAAAAUGAUUCCAGACCAUUUAGACUCAACUGGACUUAUAGCAGUUUUUAAUGUUACUCUUAAUACUAAUGUUAUUUGAUGGUGUUUGUUUCUUAAAUGUUCUUUUACAUUAUUAUGCAUAAUUAGUAUUGGAUUAUUUAAUCGGCAAUAGGGUUAUAGUGUGUUGUCUCAUGAACAGAGGAUAAAAUAGGUGUCCAAGUUCAAGGGAAGGAGAAUUUACUUUUAAUUAUCAAAUUAAAAUGUCUAUGGAUUAAAUUUCCUGUUUGUACCCUAGGGUUCACAGCACUGGUGUUUGUUCAUUACAGCUUUAUGAAAUUUCUGAUAGCCCGGUGAUCUUACUUGAUGGUAUCUCAUCUGUAUUCUUAGUCUAUUGAUAUUAUCUAUUUAUUUGAUUACUUGCAUGUUUUAUAACCAGAGAAGCGUUGUCAACCAACUUAAAUCAGACAUGGAGAAGUUGCAGGAAGAGAUCAAGGCCCAACUGGUAGAACUUGAGUCUGUCAAAAAUGAAUAUGCAAUUGCUCGACUAGAAUGUAAUGCAUCUGAAGAACGUGCCAAGAUAUUGGCUUCUGAAGUAAUUGGUUUGGAAGAAAAGGCACUCAGACUUCGGUCGAGUGAGCUAAAGCUGGAGAGGCAAUUGGAGAACUCUCAAUCUGAAAUCUCUUCAUACAAAAGGAAAAUGUCUAGCCUGGAGAAAGAGCGUCAGGAUUUGCAGUCAACUAUUGAUGCUCUUCAAGAAGAGAAGAAGGUGUUGCAAUCUAAGCUUCGGAAAGCUUCUGGUAGUGGGAAAUCUGUUGAUCUUAAUAAGAAUUCUACCAGCAGGAAAGAUAUGUCAACUUCCACUGAAGAUCUAGAUACUACUGUAGACAACUCCAACCGGGAGAUGCAUGAUACUGUUUCUCAUGCUGGAACUGAUAUGUCCAGUUCAUUGUUGCUACCUGAAAAUGGGCAAUUAGAACUUGAAGUUUUAGCUGUGAAUAUUCCAUCUGAUCAGAUGACAAUGAUACAGAAUAUCAAUGCACUAACUUCUGAGUUAGCGUUGGAGAAGGAAGAGUUGAUGCAAGCUUUAUCAUCUGAGUUAUCUCAAAGUUCUAAGUUGAAGGAUUUGAACAAGGAGUUGUCCCGAAAACUCGAAGCUCAAACUCAAAGACUAGAGCUUCUGACUGCUCAAAGUAUGGCUAGUGGGAAUACUUCAAUCAGACAGCUUGAGCCUCACACUGUGCAUGAUAAUACGCCAUAUGCAGAUGAGGGAGAUGAGGUUGUAGAAAGGGUCUUGGGAUGGAUUAUGAAGCUCUUCCCUGGUGGACCAUCAAGGCGAAGAACCAGCAAGCUUCUUUGAUACAUAUGAGGAUAGUUUGUCAAUUCUGCCUCUAUUUCUCGUUAGCCUACCAUGUUUUGGCGAUACAAUGGAGGUCGUAAUUUGUAAAUUUUUGAGUCGUUUAUACAACCCCAUUCUUUUCUAAAAGGGAAGAAAAGUGAGCUUGUCUUGAUAGGGCUUCCCAUCGAUUUGGAAUUCCUAUUGUCAUUACUUUUACACAGAAAACAAUAAAGACAGUCCCUUAUGGCCAUUAACGUUUCAUGUUUUAGAUAUUAAAUUUUAACAAUAACACUACGGACACCGAAAUUUUUGCA